AUGGUAAAUACCGUCAAUUUACCGGCACAUUUAGUGCCGCAAGCAUUUAUGAAUCAACAGGAGGAUCACAAUCACAAUGAUUAUAGUAACCAACUGGAUUCAGAGCAACAACCGCACUUUCAUCUGUCAAGUCAGAGUCCUCAGAAGAGACAAGAGGCAUACCAGGCUUCGUAUCAACAACAGCAACCGCAACUGUAUCUGCACGACUCACCACACAAAUCCAGCCAAUACCAGACCCAUACGAUAGACAGUCUGAAAAGUCAGCAAUACCCAAAGCAGCCUUCUCAGCACUCCCAAACAGCACCUGGCCCACACAAUCAAUCACCACAAAAACGCCCUCCUCAACAGCAGUACCAACAAUCUCAAUCAAGAGCUUACACAGCAGCGAACCAGAGUCAAAAUACCACGGCCCCGUAUUACACUUCAGGGCCCUCAACUGAUCAUUCUGGUUUUCUGUCAAACCCAAAUUAUCCACCUCUUGAGCCUACGCGUCAGAACCAAUCAUGGGCAAUACAGGACGGUCAAAGGUCAACAUUAGACCCCUAUGGAAGUGGACGUCCAAUGGCCUCCAAUGUACGUCAGAAUAAUCAAUCGAGCAUACAACAAUCUCAACCAUAUUAUAUGGAUCAGGGUGUUUUUAAUCAAAACUAUAAUCAGAGCUACAACCAAAUGACAGGUAAUGCGGGAUUCAAUGGAUAUGGACAGCCUCGGUAUGGGGAUGACACUGAUCAGGUCAACCAGUAUGCCUCACACUCCAGCAAAUCUACCCUGUCAUUGACGUAUGAUGCUAGUUUCCAAUCGCAAGGUGGUGGUAAAGGUGAUGCAAACGUUCCGUACCCCACUGAAAAUCAACUACCAGGGUAUCCACCACUUUACCCGACUAUUCAUGAGCAGUCAGAGCAGCCUACUCCCGUGUCCAAGAUGCGAAAAGCACCUACAACAAAUUUGCCCCCGAUUCAAACUGAUCAAAUGCGUAAUAACGUUGACAACAGAAGAAUUGUUUCUUCACCACACCUGCAGCAUCCCCCACGCCAAUUGAGCCAAGAUGCACGAACAAAGUCUUUAUCGUCCAGCACGUCACGGUUUAAGAGUGCACAACAACUACAACACAAUCAGCAACACAACAAUCACGAUCAGUUAGGUAAUACUCGCCCAUUGUCCGGUGAAAAAGGAGGCUCAUCAACAUCAUUACACCACACGUUUUCGUUAUCAUCAAAAUCACGCUCGUUUAGCUCCAUUAGUAAAUUUUCUUCAUCAUUAUCGACAAAAAAGUUUAGCUCAUCCUCAUCGUUAGGUAAGGCCGAUCGAACUAGUAAUGCCAGCUCAAAGACUAUGGUUCCAGUACACGCAGGCCCAAAGGCAGUUGUUUACCCUGCCAUAUUGUCGGAAGUUGCCAAGGUCUUCAAAGAAGCAAUCAUUUUAACAAUCAAUACAAAAGAUGGAUUGGAGUAUCACGACACUUUUACUGGGAAAAUGGCUGUUGACAUAUUGUGCCGAGUCAUCAAAACAAAUGACCGAAACUUGGCACUUUUGUUAGGACGUACGCUUGACGCACAAAAGUUUUUCCAUGAUGUAACGUACAAUCAUCGUUUACGAGAUUCAGUUCAUGAAGUGUAUGCGUUUUCUCAUGUCUAUAAUGAUGUUGAAUUUUACAAUGAAGAUGGAUCAAUCAGUAAUGGGAAUAAUAGUAAUGCGCCAUCUAAGCAUGGCUCAUUUAGUGACAGCUUGCAAUUACAACAAGCUAUUCAAGAUAAUUUCUUAGCACAACAGCUUCCACAACAUGUUAAUCAACCAUCAUCUGCCGAGUAUAUGAACUCAGGUCCACAGGUCAAUAACAGAUUAAGCGGUGGUAACAAUACAUCUGUCGCUGGAAAGAAACUAACUGCAUCACAACAAACCGGAGUUAAUGGUGUAUUUACAAUCUUGACUGAUUGUUAUUCACCCACAUGUAGUAGGAACCAUCUUUGCUAUAGUAUUGCAUGUCCGAGGAGAUUAGAGCAACAGGCUAGACUCAACAUGAAACCACAAGGGGGAUUGAAACGUGCAGUUUCGAGAUUAUCGUUGCACGAUCAAGAAGAAAAUGAGACCUUGUGGCACAAGACUGUACCGCAAUCAGUGUUGGACAAAUUGGAUAAACAUGAAAAAACAAGACAAGAAUUGAUUUAUGAAUUUAUUUAUACAGAACGAGAUUAUGUGAAAGAUUUAGAGUUUAUGACUGACUUUUACAUUAUGCCAUUGAGAAACCCAGCAAAUAAUAUAAUUCCCGAGCAUCAACGAGAGAUAUUCAUCCAAACUGUGUUUGGUGGCGUUGGCGAUUUAUUGAGAUUGGGUAAGGGUUUUAGUGAAGCGUUGACAAAGAGACAACAGCAACAAAAGCCAGUUAUUGAGGCCAUUGGUGAUGUAUUUUUAGACCAUGUUGGUAAUUUCGAGCCAUUCAUUAGAUACUCCGGAAAUAAGGUGUUUGCAACCUUUGAACACGAACGCCAGCAACAGGUUAAUAUAAAGUAUGCACGAUUUCUUGAUGCCAUUGAAAAGAAACCGGAGUCGAGAAGACAAGAUUUGUCAUCUUUUUUGAUCAAAGGUGUGCAAAGACCAGCAAGAUAUCAAUUAUUAUUAGCUGGGAUUUUGAAACAUACGAAACCGGAGAGUCCAGAUUACAAGUAUCUUGUGAAAGCGAAGGAGGAAAUAGAGGCGCUUUUGGUCAAAAUUAAUGUACAAACUGGUGAAAGUACCGAUCGUCAUAAAAUUAUGGUUUUGCAUAGACUUUUGGGUAAACAAACUUUGGAAAACAAGUUUAAUUUCAAAUUAUCUUACAACAAUAGAAUCUUAUAUCAAGUUACAUUAAACCGGAAGCGGGAUAAUGAAAAGAUUGACUUAUACUUAUUUGAACAUGCAUUGUUGUUGGUGAAGCACAAGAUUCAAAACAAGAGAGAACAACACAAAGUGUUUGAGAAACCGAUAUUGUUACCUUUGUUAUUUGUCAAUAGUGGAUUUGAGGCACCAACAAGUAGAACAUUGAUGAACUUUAGGUACAAUGCGUCACUUGCUUCCGAUACCAUUUUGAAGAAUCAAAGGACUGAGAGUAGUAACUAUAUCGGAAAUACAUUGUCUUCGAACAACACCAACAAGUUUCAGUUAAAUUUCCUUGGAUUGGGACGUAACCAAGUACAUGCGUCAUUAUUUGCUGAAGAUCUGACUAUUCAAAGUCAAGUGUUGCAGCAAAUUGCUCAACAACAGAAAAAACUCAUUGACGCUAAUGAUUUGUUUUCCAUGAGUAAAUUUGAAACAAGAAGGUUUGCUGGUAAUAAUAAAAUCAACUGCGCUGUACCAUGUUAUGGUGGUAAGAAAUUGUUAUACGGUACUGACUCUGGUGCAUGGGUUAGCACUGUGCGUUCAAUCAGCGCCACGUCAAAUGAAAAAAUUUGCUCUGAUCCCACAUUGGUAAUUUCCAAACCAUACGUUACUCAAAUUGAAGUCUUGGUGCAAUAUUCCAAAUUGUUGGUUUUGAGUGAUAAAGCAUUGUAUGAAUUCGAUCUUACAUGUACUGAUUCCUUAGAUCAUGUAAAGAAUACAAAGCUGGGCAAGUUGAUCAUGACACAUAUUUCGUUUUUCAAAAUUGGUGUUUGUGAUGGUAAGUUAUUAAUCAUUGGUGCCAAAACAGGUUCUCAACAUUCUAUUUGCAUAUUUGAACCAAUUAAUCCAUUUGAUCCAAAACAAAAGAAUCGUAAUAAAAAUAAGAUUGAAAUACAAGAGAUUCCAUUUACGUCUGAUCCAAUUUCAAUAUCAUACAUGAAGAGCAAAUUGUGUAUUGGAUGUACAAAAGGAUUCGAAAUUUUAUCACUUCAAUCGGGUAAUAAAGAACCAAUCUUGGAUGAAGCCGAUCCAUCAUUAGAUUUUGCGACUCAACGAGAAUUAGUUACACCAUUGGCCAUUUAUCGUAUAGGCAAAGAUGUUUUAUUAUGCUAUUCUGAAUUUGUGUUUUUGAUAAACAAGAAUGGUUGGAGAACCAAUCAUGAUUGGGGCAUUUUCUGGGAAGGUACACCACAAAAUGUGGCCCUAUUCUUUCCUUAUUUAUUAUCAUUUGAGCCAGGAUUUAUUGAAAUUAGAGAUCUACAUACAACUAAUCUUGUACGAGCAUUGGUGGGAGAAAAUAUUCGGUUCUUGCAUUCAAAUGAACAUGAAGCAAUGUUUGCUUGUGAAGAAAGAGGAUACGAUAUAAUUAUCUCGAUUGAUUUCUUGAAUUUAAAACCAAAAUCACCAACAAGUUGA